UGGUGGUCAGUGAGAAGAAUGCUCCUUACAUUGGAGAUCAGUGAGAAGAAUGCUCCUUACAUUGGUGAUCAGAGGGAAAAAUGUCCCUUACAUUGGUGAUCAGUGGGAAGAAUGCAUCUUACAUUGGUGGUCAAUGGGAAGAAUGUCCCUUACAUUGGUGAUCAGUGGGAAGAAUGUCCCUUACAUUGGUGAUCAGUGAGAAGAAUGCAUCUUACAUUGGUGGUCAGUGGGAAGAAUGCAUCUUACAUUGGUGAUCAGUGGGAAGAAUGUCCCUUACAUUGGUGAUCAGUGGGAAGAAUGCAUCUUACAUUGGUGGUCAGUGGGAAGAAUGCAUCUUACAUUGGUGAUCAGUGGAAAGAAUGCUCCUUACAAUGGUGGUCAGUGGGAAGAAUGCUCCUUACAUUGGUGGUCAGUGGAAAUAAUGCCCCUUACAUUGAUGUGCGUAGGAAGAAUGCUACCCUAACGGACAGCUAAAAGAGAUCGAUAGUAUCAUGCUUUUGGAUUUUCCAAGUGGCAUCAGCUCUGGAACUAUGCAGGCACCUUCAAAU